UGUGCGCAUACGCACGUCUAUCAAAACAACGUGAGGGGAGGCUGAAUGUAGACGGGGUCAGCCGCCGGUGGAGAGCGAACUAAAACAAUGCCUUUUCGGGCUUGGAGUGUGUCCGGUGUACCAUCAGUGUGAUCGCUCAGCGGUGAUCAGUCAGCCCGCAUCAGCCGCCAGCAUCCAUAUCUGUCCGGCAAGCAGCCAGUGAUGGAGACCGUAUCUGCAUCGGACAGGACAGGAGACUGUCCGCUGGUCUCUGAGGAAAUGAAAGGGAUCUGUGUGAUGCCAGACAUGAGUGCCAUCAAGACUGAGCAGUCCGUGGGUGCAAGUCCGGAAGACACAAGCACACAAAAUGUGGCCAUGGGGAUUAAGUUCAUCCUCCCUAACCGCUUUGACAUGAACGUGUGCUCAAGAUUUGUCAAGUCGCUCAAUGAGGAGGACAGCAAGAACAUCCAAGACCAGGUCAACUCUGAUCUGGAAGUGGCAUCGGUUUUAUUCAAAGCGGAGUGCAACAUCCAAACCUCACCUUCACCAGGAAUACAAGUGCGUCAUGUUUACACACCAUCCACGACCAAGCAUUUCUCCCCCAUCAAGCAAUCCACCACACUCACCAAUAAACACCGCGGCAAUGAGGUCUCCUCCACUCCUCUUCUGGUGCACUCAUUGUCCAUCCACCAGCUGGCAGCCCAAGGAGAAAUGGUGUUUCUGGCAAGCAGGAUUGAACAAGAGACUGUGAUCAAUCUUCAAGAUGAAGAGGGCUUCACCCCCCUGAUGUGGGCGGCUGCACAUGGACAAAUAGCUGUUGUCGAGUUCCUGCUCCAAAAUGGUGCUGACCCCAACCUUCUCGCCAAAGGGAGAGAAAGUGCCUUAUCCUUGGCUUGCAGCAAGGGAUACACUGAUAUUGUGAAGAUGCUCAUUGAUUGUGGUGUGGAUGUCAAUGAAUAUGACUGGAAUGGAGGUGCCCCUCUUCUGUACGCUGUCCAUGGGAAUCAUGUACGCUGUGUUGAAAUCCUGUUAGAAAGUGGUGCUGAUCCUACAAUUGAGUCAGAUUCUGGAUUCAAUGCAAUGGACAUGGCUGUGGCUAUGGGCCAUCGGAAUGUUCAACAGGUGAUGGAGGCACACUUACUGAAGUUGUUAAUGGGAAUCAGAGAGUGAGCGGUGAAGUCUGCAGAUGCUAGUGAAAUACUGGAGGCACAGCUGAGUGGUCAGAGCUACACCGGACUGUGGACAAUCAUGUAGCAUGCCCACACUGUACUUCAGAGGCAUUACUUGAUGUUUGUAUCAUAUUGUCAGCAAGACUGGAUACAGAUGCACAAGAGUGCGGCGUGGAUUUUCAAUUUGAUAUUUAAUAAUGUUCAUUCACGCUACUUUGUUACCUUGCACUUUUUAAAUUUCUGUGUUGAGUGUGGAGUACCCAACUAUAGCAGGACGGACUGACCGCAGGCAGAUUUUUAAGAGCAGUAAUCAAGAAUGUAAGUAUGGCAAAUGUGCAGAUAUUCAUUACAACCCACAUGUACUCAGCACUCCACUUGUGCCAUGUGUAAGGUGCACAUUCUUUUAUCACUUUCCACUCUUCCCAUAAAGGAACUAGAUAUUUCAGGAUUGUUUUUCAUUUAACUGUCAACUUGUAACUUGAAAAAUUCAGUUUCUGUCUGUCUGUAUUAUGGAUACACAUUCUCACCUCCCCAAACACAGGCACAACCUCAUUUUAAAGACUGCAAUUGGUUGGUUGAAGAUAAUAACCUUUUAAGAUUGGCAUAGGCAUCACACAAAAUGCAUUGCUCUUGUGAAUCUUCCAUGCUGGUCGUAGAUCCUGAAGAUUUUGUGUUGAUUGUAUUGUGUUUAUUUAUUUCAGUAAUUUAGACAUUGCAUGUUGGUGCGUGACAGGGAUUGUUAAAAAGCCUGUGUCAUUUUUCUUGUUUGUUCAUAUUGUGAUACUAACUUCUAAUAACUGUGUUGUGAAUUUAAAAGAACCUCACAAGACUGAACUGUCCCAUCAAGUUGUCUUGUUUGCCAUUGUAUGAGUGCGUUUGUGUUUUAUACCAGUGAAUCCAAGUGGUGCAUCAGGAGCUAACCUAUACUGGCCUCUGUGUUAGUCAUUUUGUAGGGGCAUUAUGUCAUUUAUCUGGUUGCAAAUCAAAAGGGUCAUACCACUGUUAUUGAUAAUGACUGAAAUGAAACUGUUGAGUUGUUUGAUUAAAACAUGCAAACACUCUUGCAACUGUA